GGUAUCUCAAACAUUACAGUAAGUAAGUUUUCCUUCGCGCAACCACAAUUGAAAUUUUUCGAUCUUCUGAUUAAAAAAUAAAAAUAAUGACAGCAUUACGCUUUGCUUACGUUUUGUUGACAAUGGUAAGUGUAAGCGUACAAGGAGAGCAAUUCCAGAUAGCUGAUUCUUCCAGCGAGGAUGCCAGUACUUUCAAUGCAAUCGAGCAAAAAAUAAUGCAAUCGUGGAAAUCCGAACUAGGAAAGCUAAAAAAUCUUACCAAAAGCGUACCGUGCACAACUAAGUUCUUUGCUGAGGUAUCUUGGCCUAAUGGAGUAUCGCCUAAAAAUGGAGGUACAGUAAAAUACGAUGAUAUUUUGGAGAAACCCAAAGUGAUAUGGCCUUGUUAUGGGAGUAAAUAUUAUGGGCUGAUAUUCGCAAAUUUAGAAAUUUUAUUCAGUCUCGAUCUAAGGCAAAGAGAACAUUUAUGGUUAGUUUACAACAUACCUGGUAAUCAAGUUGAUCGAGGAGUCGAAGCAGUUCCGUAUCAUCCUCCUGAAAUGAAAUCAGAUACGUGUCGAGUGAUAGUUCUCAUUCAUGAACAAACCAAAUUCAUCGAAGUUGAUGAUGAUGCUGAUCUGAGCGAAGGGGCCAGAGCUGAUAAGGCUACGGGAGCAUUCGAUACUUUUAAUGGAACUCUCGCAGCUGGACAUACGUUCACAGUGGAGAAAUGAGAGCCAUUAUAGGAAUAAACAGGUUUUUCUCCUGGAGCUGCUAGAAAGACUGGAAGACCAUCUGAUAUGUCAUAUUUUUUCAGAAAGUUAUUUGUAUUGGGAAUUGAGCUUGAGAUGAUGUCAUGUUUGGACACUAUGAAAUGUUGUUUUACCCUUUUAUUAUUUUAUUUUCAAUAUAGUUCAUGUUUUUGUACAAA